GUUUCAUGUGUUCGAGGUUACACGUCAUAAUAGCAAUAACAAAUAAACUGAAUGAAAAAUGUAAAGCCGCGUUGAACUUACAGUAGGACAGCUUGCAUUAUAAAUGAGGACUUUCGCAUGUCGGAUUAAUUCGUCGAAGCGUUGUACUUCAAUCGUUCGGCCGACCGAACGAACUCCCGCACGUGCCGGAACGAGUUAACCUGUAUACGAAAAAUAUGUUCUCGCCGAGGGACUCGGGCAAAUCGGAUUACAUUAGCUUAAAUAUUCACGACAGCGCGUCGUUUGCACGAGGCACUUCGCGCAGUCUGUGGAGGCAAUGGAACCAAUUGUCCAGGUUUCAGAGAAACAUGUUAUACUUUGCAGUUAUCACAGUUUUACUUUUAAUAUUUUAUCUUCUAACUAGUGAAGCCAAAGCUAGUGUCUCUGAUAACGAAAUAGACUAUAAUAAUAUAGAAGUUGUACAGGAAACUGCUAAAUAUGAGAAGGCAGUAGACGAAGUUGUUGUAGAUAAUGAUGAGCAAGGUGCCGGACCUGGUGAUGUGAUUGAGGAGCCUGAGUUCCAACCAGAGAUCAAUCAGGUUGACGAUGAUCAAAUUGGUGAACCACCUCAGCCAAAGCCAAACAUUCUCAAAUUUCACGGCCCACAAAAUAAUAGACAAAAAGCUGUUGUAGCGGCAUUUCAACAUUCUUGGAAUGGAUAUAAAAAAUAUGCUUGGGGUCACGACAAUGUCAAACCAAUAUCAAGGAGAUAUCACGAAUGGUUUGGCUUAGGUCUUACUAUAGUCGAUUCAUUGGAUACGAUGUAUAUAAUGGGGUUAAAUGAAGAAUUUGCGAAGGCGAGGAAGUGGGUGGAAGAUAGUUUAGUAUUUACAAUGAAUAGAGAUGUUAAUUUAUUUGAAGUUACAAUUAGAGUGUUAGGUGGUUUACUAGCUGCAUAUCAUCUGUCUGGUGAUACACUUUUUUUAAAUAAGGCUAUGGAUUUAGGUGAUCGCAUGAUGCCAGCAUUUUCCACCAGGUCGGGUGUUCCAUAUUCCGAUGUAAAUCUCGGCACCAGAAGUGCGCACAGUCCCAAAUGGGGUCCUGACAGUAGUACGAGCGAAGUCACUUCGAUUCAGUUAGAGUUUCGCGAUCUUAGUCGUAGCACAGGACAAUCCAAGUUUGAGGCUGCAGUCGCAAAGGUUUCCGAGCAUGUACAUAAGUUAGACAAAUACGACGGCUUAGUUCCAAUAUUUAUUAACGCCAACACCGGACAGUUUCGCGAAUUUGCAACAAUUACGUUAGGCGCUCGCGGCGACAGCUAUUACGAGUACUUGUUGAAACAGUGGUUGCAAACCGGAAAAACUAUCGACUAUUUGCGAGACGAUUAUUUGUUAGGCAUCGCCGGGACGAAGAAACAUCUCGUUAAGUACACAGCUGUCAAUAAAUAUUUAUUUAUCGCCGAGUUGGUCGGUGCUAACAAAGAAAUAAGACCGAAAAUGGACCAUCUCACUUGCUACUUAGGAGGUACUUUAGCCUUAGGCGCUCAUCACGGACUGCCGUCAGAUCAUAACUUACUCGCGCAAGAAAUAGUUAAGACUUGUUAUCAGACUUACGCGAUUCAACCGACGUUCCUCGCACCUGAGAUUACUUAUUUUAAUAUACAAAAGGUAGAAGGUGAGAAUCAAAUGGAUAUGUACGUAAAAACGAACGAUGCGCAUAAUUUACUGAGACCGGAAUUCAUCGAGAGUCUAUUUUACAUGUGGUACUUCACGGGAAACAAGACUUAUCAAGACUGGGGAUGGCACAUAUUUCAGGGUUUCGAGAAUUAUACCAAAGUCGAUGACGGCUACACGAGUAUCGGUAACGUUCGCAACACGCAGCACGUACGCCAGCAAGACAUGACGGAGAGUUUCUGGUACGCCGAGACGUUGAAAUACUUGUACUUGUUGUUCGAUGAUACUAGACAAUUGAUAGAUCUGGAUAGGUGGGUUUUCAAUUCGGAAGGUCAUCCGUUACCUAUUUACGAGUCGUAAAAUCUGUAACGCAAGUAGAGAAGCAAUACUAUGCGCACGCGUAAGUUCUUUGUGACAUUUGUAUUCCAUGAAAUUUAUUUUUUUAAAAAACGCCACUAGCUAAUAGCGAUUAGCAAAUUACUAACGAUAGUGUUUUUACACGAGAACAAUUUUCUUACACUUCUCGAACUCUCACGAGACGUUUCUUCGUUUGGUUCUGGAAAAAAAAUUCUUUUUUAAAAAAAAAGACAAAAACAAACAAAACCCAAGACCGAAGACUCAGAGUGCGUUCGCUUUGGGCGCUUACGCGUUUUAAGCGUCAGUUUGUCUUUAUUGCUUUUUAAAUGUAGAACAAAGAUAGACCGACGCGCAUGAGCGUCCACAAAGCAAACGCAUCUUUAUUUGUGUAGAGCAAAAAAUUAAAAAAACAAAAAAAACACACAAGUUCUACCUAGAAGAAAUUUAACGCUGUAUACUACGAUAAAGAUACGUAAUAUAUACAAGUUAUAUAAAUAAUUUGAGAAAAUGAACGAAGAUGAUGAACAACAGUUCUUGGAGCAUUUUUCCACCACUUAACAAAAUUAAACGCGACACGUUGUUCACUUCGAAAGUACGACUCAUUGCACUGAUACAUACAAGUAUCGGAACUACAUUUUUUCUUUCUAUUUCAUCGUCGAUAAAAUACUAGUUUCGUUAAAUAAGCAAAUACAAUGCGACAUUAGUUACGUCCAAACGCCUAUAAAUCCAACGACUCGAUAUAAUAGACGCUAUUAGAAAAAAAUAGAUUUUUACGGCAAUAUUUCAAAAAAAAAAAAAAUACGUAGAUUGUUUGACUUAUUGAUUAUCCAGAAGAUUUAGUCAAAUUCGUAGCACACGUAUCGUUGUACUUACUCAUGUUUUGCGAAUCUUCAAAGUUUAUUUGCAAGCAGGUAUAUCAGUCUUCAAAACUGUACGUAUUAAUCUUCCCAUCUCAGCGACGUCCUUUUUGCAUUGAAUUUAUACGUUGACACACACACACACACGUAUAUAUAUAUAUAUAUAUAUUACAAAAUAAUCUAGUCUUCAUCUACGAAUAAAUUACAUUGUGUAAUUGCAAUUCGUCUCCGAUUUUAUUACAAAUAUUUAUAUGAUAUUUAUAGGAGCAUAAAUAUUUGUAUAAAUGUUUCUAGUAAAAAAACAAAAACAAAAAAAGUUACUGAGAAAAGAACAUCUAUGUGACUGUUGCAUGCUGUUGACGAAGCGUGAUGGUGAUUAAAUCACAAUUCUGACGCUUGCGCGUUAUUAUUUUGAAACGUAACAAAGUUAUGUAUUUUUAAUUCUCAAUUAUCGGGAGAUUGCAAUAACACGCAAAAUGUUGAACGUAAGGAACAAAAGGUAGAUGAAAUAAAAAAAGUCCCACACAAAUGUUGUAAAACGGAAAUCUGAUUUAAUCAUCAGCUGCACUGUAGAAACACGCUCUAUAUUUCUAGUUACUGGCUCAUUAAAGAAACAACAUUUGUUCUUAGAUUUAUUCUUCGUUUUUUUUUUGUCUCAAUAAACGCAUCCUUACAUCGAUAUAUGGAGAGUGUGUGGAUAUUUAUUUGCGAUAUAUUUUGUCUUCGGAAAACUUUCGUAAGUGUUUUCCAGAAACACGCAUCUGUGAGUUAGCAAAUUUACAGAAUUAUACGAUACUAUUAUACGUCCAUAAAUGUUCGGAGAAACAACUG